AUGAUGGUGACAUUGGCAACUUGUUGCCAUACAUAGACACACCAUCUUAUCUUAUUCUUUUUGGGAGGAGCUUACCUUAACUCCAAUUCUAGAAUAAAAUUCCUAUUCUUCUUCUCAUUUCAACUCUUUGCAAUUGCGAUCUUUCAUUCCUUUUUUUUACUCUUGGUAAGCGUAGUUCGGUGUUGGAGAACCAGCUUCCAGUUCCAGAAUACUGCUGAACAGAGUUCGGCUUCGCUUUAUUGGGACUCAGUUGUGUUUCUACUAGGUUAUCUUCUCUGAAUUGCAAAUGAAUGAUCGUUGAAAAACCAUGAAGAAGGUGAGGAGAAAGAUCGGCAAGUAUGAGGUGGGUCGGACUAUUGGCGAAGGCACCUUCGCCAAGGUUAAGUUCGCAAGAAACUCGGAGACAGGGGAGAGCGUGGCUAUUAAAGUCAUGGCUAAGACCACCAUUCUCCAGCACAGAAUGGUUGAACAGAUUAAAAGAGAGAUAUCCAUUAUGAAGAUUGUCAGGCAUCCUAAUAUAGUUAGAUUGCACGAGGUUUUGGCUAGCCAGACCAAGAUCUACAUAAUCCUUGAAUUUGUAAUGGGAGGGGAACUAUAUGAUAAAAUUGUUCAGCUGGGAAAGCUUUCUGAAAAUGAAUCUAGGCACUACUUUCAACAACUUAUAGACGCAGUUGAUCAUUGUCAUAGAAAGGGUGUGUACCAUAGAGACUUGAAGCCUGAAAAUCUUCUUCUUGAUGCUUACGGAAAUUUGAAGGUUUCUGACUUUGGAUUGAGUGCAUUGACUAAACAGGGUGCUGACCUUCUUCACACCACUUGUGGGACCCCAAACUAUGUUGCCCCUGAGGUACUCAGCAAUAGAGGAUAUGAUGGUGCAGCAGCUGAUGUUUGGUCAUGUGGAGUCAUCCUAUAUGUUCUAAUGGCUGGAUAUCUUCCUUUUGAGGAGGCAGACCUUCCAACACUGUAUAGAAGGAUCAAUGCUGCAGAAUUUGUUUGCCCAUUCUGGUUUUCUGCUGACACAAAGUCAUUCAUACAAAAAAUUCUGGAUCCUAAUCCUAAAACACGGGUGAAAAUUGAAGAAAUAAGGAAAGAUCCAUGGUUCAAGAAAAACUAUUUUCCUGUCAAACUCGGGGAAGAUGAGCAAGUGAAUUUGGAUGAUGUUCGGGCUGUUUUUGAUGAUAUUGAGGACCAGUAUGUUUCUGAAAGGUCAGAAAUUACUGAGGGAGGUCCUCUGAUAAUGAAUGCAUUUGAGAUGAUUGCUUUAUCACAAGGGUUGAAUCUUUCACCACUAUUUGAUAGGCAUCAGGAUUAUGUAAAGCGGCAAACUCGUUUUGUCUCCCGUAAACCAGCAAAAGUUAUAAUUUCUUCAAUUGAAGCUGUUGCAGAGUCAAUGGGUCUUAAGGUCCAUUCUCGCAAUUACAAGGUGAGGCUUGAAGGCGUUUCUGCAAACAGGGUUGGACAAUUUGCAGUGGUCUUGGAGGUGUUUGAAGUUGCGCCAUCCCUUUUCAUGGUUGAUGUUCGGAAGGCCACUGGGGAUACUUUUGACUACCACAAGUUUUACAAGAAUUUUUGUGGCAAACUAGGAAACAUUAUUUGGAGACCGGCAGGGACUAUGCCAAAUUCUAAUCUGCGCAAGCAAAUGACUUUAUAAUCCAAUUCUUGCGGGUAUGAUGCAAAUCUAAUUAGAAGAGCACUGAAAGGCUGAAAGCUUCAGCUGGUCCCCGAACAUACUAAAAAGUUAGCAUGCUUCUUCUAGCUAUCACAAUGCACAGCAUACGCUGUCAACUUACAACAUGGCUUAAUAAUCUUGGAAGAAGGAAGUAAAAAACCUAUUGCAAUGCAUCUUGUAGCAAAUCUACCCCCACAAUGGUAUACGAAAACAAUCCAUUAUUUGGUUGGGGCAGAAAUAUAUACUAAGGAAUAACAGAAAAGAAACGAUGAUAUUGUUUUUCAUAUCCCCAGUUCUGUAUGUAAGGAGCGUGUUUGGGAGUUAUUCAAAUUCUCAAACACGCGUGUUUGAGAAAUGCUGUUUUGUAUUAAAAAAAAGCGUGUUUGAUUGCAAUAAAUUAAAAUUAAGUCUGUUCUAAAAA